AUGACAUCCCCAGCACAACCACUCAAGGCUCCAGCCAUUGAGGAUUUGACUAGUACUGAUUUCACAGCAUCGACUGUUGCUUCGACUGCUUCCACAAAUUUUAAUGAUUCCAUGGAACGGUUGACCCGAGUGGGGUUUUCUUCGAUUCAGAUCCGAAGUUUCGAUCGCAUCCUCGGAGAUAAUCCCGAUGUCCGCAGUGGACCUCCACUUAGCAUUGGAUGGGAAUAUGAAGAAGGCGAUGUGAUGGACCUAAAUGCCUAUGAACUGGGAAAGCGAUACAAAGAUGAUGACAAGGUGUCGUCAAAAGAAGAGCCAGUCACUGUCUUGACUGUUGGAACCCGACGCGAUAUGUUGACAAAGAUGGGUGUCCGCCUCGAUGAUAUCAUUGAGGCCGAGAAUGAAGUCUACCGCAUCAAGAAAAACCGUCAAGAGACCAUGAAACAGAGCAAGGUUUUCGAACGCACAGAAGAGAUGUUGCAGUCUGCCAAGAGAAAGCUCAAGAGAACAUUGUUUGCACGCAAGAACCCGAAGCCACAGCCUCUUGCUCACGCCACAACAGCAUGA